AUGGUUUACCUUCUAACACGCACACAUUUUGCAAAACUGUGGACGAUACUCUUGCUGCAAAACCUCGUCACAAUCAAAUCCUUCGAAGUGUACUGGAACAUACCUACCUUUAUGUGCAAUCAAUUUGGCUUCGACUUUGGUGAUGUCAACCGAACGUAUUCCGUUGUGCAGAACAAAAACGAUACCUUCCGAGGCAAUGCCGUCUCGAUACUGUAUGACCCAGGAAAGUUUCCGGCGUUGCUUGAGAAACCGUCCACUAAAACGCUGUACAAGCGUAACGGUGGCGUCCCGCAGGAAGGGAACCUGACCGAACAUCUCGAGAUAUUCGAACGUCAUCUGAACGAGCUGGUACCGGAUCGUAAUUUCAGUGGUAUUGGCAUCAUCGACUUCGAGUCCUGGCGACCCAUCUAUCGGCAGAAUUUUGGUUCGCUGCAACCGUACAAAGAUCUAUCAGUGAAGAUCGAAAAAGAACGUCACCCGUACUGGUCGGCGAGUCAUCUCGAGCGGGAGGCAACACGACGCUUCGAAGCAACAGGGCGCGAGUUUAUGGAGCAAACACUACUUCUAGCCAGACAGCAGCGACCCCUGGCGGCUUGGGGUUACUAUGCAUUUCCGUACUGCUUCAACAUGAACGGUGGAGCGAACGGUCGUUCGGAAAACUGUUCACCGGAAGUGCAGCGAGAAAACAACCGGAUUAUGUGGCUGUACGAUGGAUCUGACAUUAUCUUCCCUUCCGUCUAUCUGCGCCAAAAACUAUCUUCAAGUGAACGAGAGCAACUAAUUAGAGGACGAGUUCGAGAAGCCGUUCGCGUAGCGCAACGUACCAUCGGGUCAAAACCCCGGCGUAAGGUUUUAACCUAUCUGCGCUAUGUGUAUACCGAUAGUAUACAGUACCUGACGGAGAGCGAUUGGAUCAAUGCACUGGCAGCCAUGAAGAGCACCGGAUCCGAUGGUAUUAUUCUGUGGGGCAGUUCGUUUGAUCUAAACACACGACAAAAAUGUAGCUCAUUCAAAGCAUACCUCGAUAGUACGCUGGGACCUGUUUUAAGUUCUCUACAACCCCGCUACGUAGUGGAAAAGCUUGCUGAAACUUCAACCUAA